AACAAAUAGCUUGGAAGAUUGCUAAAAGCAAAUUCUGGAGAAAGGAAAGGGUACAAUGACAGAAAAAAUAGGGUGCAGGAGAAUCUAACUCCCAAACUUAGCAAUGCUUAGGUGGGGUUUUCAUAAAUUUUCGUAAUCAUGGGAUUAGAGAGACCGUCAUCAUUACCAUCAUCAGAAAAUUCGAGAGCCAAGUUCAGUGUCUUUUAUAUAUUCCUACUCUGCGUUGUCCUCUGUGCGCUUACUACAUUCAUUACUCCCUCUUCACUUUCCUCUCCAUAUAUUAGGAACUCAAAAUCUGGAAAACUAGGGCAAUUCUAUGCUCAGGAGGAGGGCAAGAGUACACUGGUAAUGAUAAAGAAGAUGAAGAAGAUUGGUGACCGGAGCAACGCAGCGGGGGAGCGAAGGGUUUUGAGGGGACUGGGGUCAUCUCCGCCACGGUGCUUGUCCAAGUGUGGAAGAUGCACGCCGUGCAAGCCUGUGCACGUCCCGGUACCUCCGGGCACGCCUGUCACCGCCGAAUACUACCCUGAAGCUUGGAGGUGCAAGUGCGGCAACAAGUUGUACAUGCCAUGAUGUUUUAUAUAUAAUAUAUAUAUACUCACAUAUAUACGUUAUAUAUAUGAUUCAUAUGAAGGCUCAUGGUCUGCCUUAUGUCUCUGCUCAAACACUUAUUACAUAUUAAACAUGCUUCUAGGACAAAUCCCUGCGUAAAAUCUGUGAUGACUGAUUGAUGAUGAUGGAGCUCGUAUAUACUAUAUUUUGUUAGCA